AUGACCACCCCAACUAAAACCCUCGCCUUCUUCGGCGCGACAGGCGGCUGCGCAGGCUACACGCUCGCCAACGCCCUCAAAGCCGGCUACACCUGCACAGCACUGGCCCGCACGCCCGAAAAACUCACAAAAUCCCUCGAAGCAAAAAACGUUCCCGCAGAAACAAUCUCCGCACACCUCACCAUAAUCUCCGGCAACGCGUACGAAGCCACCGACGUCCGCAACACAAUAGCACCCAACAACAACCCCGUAGACAUCAUCAUCAGCGGCAUCGGUGGAAGCCCCGUCAUGCAGAAAUCGCUCAAGAAACCCGUCAUUCUGGACCAACCGACCAUUUGCCAGGAUGUCGGAAAAGUCAUCCUGCAAGUCGCACGGGACCUUCCUGCUUCUGAGAAGAAACCGCUAUUUGUAAACUUCUCCACGACGGGAAUUCCCAACCCGGGCAAACCUUGGGAUGUCCCGACGUGGUUUACGUGGUUGUAUAAGUAUGCUUUGGUGGAUCCGCAUGAGGAUAAGAAGGUUUUGCAGGAAGCUAUUGCGGCUGAUAUCAAUACUCCUGGGACGGGGAUUGGGGGGUAUAUUAAUGUCAAGUGCAGUUUGUUGGUCGAUGGGGAGGGGAAAGGGUUGGAUAAGGUGAGGGUCGGAGUGGAGGAUAAGCCGGCGGUUGGGUAUACGAUUCAGAGGGCGGAUGUGGGGAAGUUUACGUUUGAGAGGAUUGUGAAUGCGGAGCCUGAGGCUGAGUGGGUGAAUAACUCCAUUACGAUUACUUAUUGA